AUGUUGGAUCAACACACCCGUGGCUGCAUCACCACGGACUCCCUCCUCUUUCUCGAGAAGGAUCCGCAGAAGCGCGCCUCCGUGCUGCGGGAACGGACGAGGCGUCGCAUGAAGCGAAGACCACCUGAGGCGCACAAGAGCGAAAAGAUCAUUCACAAGUUGGUCAUGGAAACCACUGCCAUGGGCAACAAGCACUGGUCCCAAGUGCCCGAGGGCCACGUGGCCGUUGGCCGCCCCCGGAGCGGACCAGUGCUGCCCAAGGUCCGACCCAUCCGACGGGUCUCGUCCGCGCCGGAUCUCGGCUUGGAUGUGAAGACCUUGUUUGACGACAAGGUCGAGCUACCUGGCACUCCUCCAGUCACUCCUCCUGGCAUCUUGGAGCUUCGAAUGGAGCUUCGGGUCCGCAAAGAAGAGAGGCGCCCUGUCCCAAGUUGUCGAAAGGCCUACUGCGGCGGCUUGGUGCCGUUGCCCAGCCUCCGCAAGGGUUCGCAGGUCGCUCAGCCAAAGAUGCUCCCAGAGGAGCUUGUGCUGAAAGGUGCAAAGCCGAAGAAGGCGAAGAAGGUGCCAAUUGGGCCGACUUUCGAUCCCAGUCAGUUGAGCCAUUUCCUGUCGUCCACACAGGAGAGCAUCUGGCGGCACUACUUUGGAGAUGCCAAAGGCCAUGAGCCACCGAUGCUGGAAGAUGCAGAUCGAGAUGUCACAGAUGCUGUGGCCGAGUGA